CGUCGCUGUCUAUCAAAUCUGCCCCGCGGUCUGCCAAUAUGGAUUCCAAGGAGAAGCCUGAAGCGCAAAUCAAGUCUGCGGACAUGAGCGAAGAAAUGCAGCAGGAAGCCGUCGAAGUUGCCCAAGAAGCCAUGGAAAAGUACAACAUCGAGAAGGAUAUUGCGCAGUACAUCAAGAAGGAGUUCGAUAGCCGCAAGGGUGCCACCUGGCAUUGUAUCGUGGGGAGGAACUUUGGAAGCUUCGUCACACAUGAAACGAAGCACUUCAUUUACUUCUACCUGGGCCACUGUGCCAUUCUGCUCUUCAAGACGCAGUAGAGGCGGCGUUCGGCGUUCAAAAAGCGGUCGACGGGCUGUCGCACGGACGAAUUACGAUAUGGGAGACGACCUGACGCUGCACAUGGGACAACGGCAUCACGAGCCCGACGAGCCACUACGACUGGUUGAUGAUGGUAAUGAGCGUCGACGAAGCUAGGGUUACUUGGCAAUACCAUUAUACUCCACUUCUCUCUGCGAUAUCACUCUCGAUUCACGGGCGCUUACAGUUGGACUUCAUGUUGGGAUAUGGUUGGAAAGCGUUAUGGCAGAAAUUGCACUAUUUGUUCCACACGUGAGCGACUACUAGGACUGUAAUUAGCACCUAAUAAUUGGAGUCGUACAUCACAUUACAAAGGUACCG